CAUGGACGAAUCAGAAUGCUGUAUACUGACAUGACUAACCAAUCAGAAUGCAGCUUGUUGUCAUUCCAGGAAGUGCCAGCCCUGUUUGUUCCUCCUUUGUUUUUGCUGUUAGAGCCAGAGACAAGCCGUGAAGCGGGUUCAUCCAACUUCAUUCUACUCGAUGUUAGUCGGUGGGUUUGGACACAGAUUCUCAUCUUUUGAUACUUAGGAGCAGUUUGAGCUCAAAUCUACCCAAGUCUUUUUCCUCCUGGAUAUCUCGGUGCUCUCCGCUAUAGUUAGCCGGUACCGGAGCUGCUAACUCUCGUGCAGUGAAGCGGAGACGGUCACAUUUCCUGCCUCAGUGGAUGAAAUCCUGGAAAUGCAGAGCCAUCAUACAGACCUUCUGGAGCUGCUGGGUCACAGAUUGGAUCUUUAGGACUGAAAAGCUUUUCUGAGAAAGAAGCCAAACUUGGAUUUGAACUGAAACCUAAAAUCAUAUCUGGAGGAAGAAGAAGAUCACCUGAUUCCAGCAAACAUGGAGGGAAGACCCACCUGUGACCAGUGUGGAAAGACUUUCACCACAGCAGGUCACUUAAAAAUUCACCAACGCAUCCAUACUGGAGAAAGACCAUAUGAUUGUGACCAGUGUGAGAAGACUUUCACCACAACAGGUCACUUAAAAAUCCACCAACGCAUCCACACUGGAGAAAGACCAUAUGAGUGUGACCAGUGUGAGAAGACUUUCACCACAGCACAUCACCUAAAAAUCCACCAGCGCAUCCACACUGGAGAAAGACCAUAUGACUGUGACCAGUGUGAGAAGACUUUUAUCUCAGCAAGUCACUUAAAAAUCCACCAACGCAUCCACACUGGAGAAAGACCAUAUGACUGUGACCAGUGUGGAAAGACCUUCACCACAGCAAGUGACCUAAAAAGGCACCAACGCAUUCACACUGGAGAAAGACCAUAUGACUGUGACCAGUGUGGGAAGACUUUCAGAUCGUCUUCUGCUUUACAUUCUCACUGUCGUGUUCACCACAAGAAUUUGAUGUACUCCUGUGAAAAGUGUACAAAGAUAUUCUUGUCCUAUUCCUCUUACAAGUGUCACCAACGGACCCAUAAUGGAUCCCAAUCAGUGUAGAUUUGGUGAAAGAUCUCUCAUCACAGGUUCACAAUCUAUCAAACAUGAACAUUUCAAACAUUUCCACACAACACAAAAACUGAACAGUUGUACAAAAAGUAAGACUCUAGACAAUCAGUGUCAUAACACACCAAAACAGUUGGAGUGUUAUCAAUGUCCAAACAGAUCCUUGUCAUUCUCUGCUCUCUCCCAUCAUCAACGCAGAUGUGAAUCAUCAACGUCUGGACCAAACAGUACCUCAGCAUCAGAUGAGAAGAAGAAAACCAGUGUGUCUGAACCAGCAGCACCGACUUCUUCUGACAAGAACAUCAGACUU